AAAAAUUUGUUCACAUUUUAGGAAUUUCAUGACAGUAGAUUAUUAUGUGUAUGCUUAUGAAACAGGUUUUCGCAAAUCAUAACGGAUUUGGCCGAAUUCGAUGCUCAAAAUGGGCACAGGAAUGAAAUUUUAGGGUUAACCGUCUUGGCUUUAUUUAUUUAUGUAUUUUUUAACUUUUUUUUGCUUCCGAUCUCAAAACUCUUAUUAAAAAAUGACUGAAUUUCUUCAAUUACAAGUUAAGAAUGAGGAUAAAACUAUAAAUUUAUCUUUCAAUAAUGAUAUAUUAUCUUUUGAGAAAAAGAAAAAUUUUAAAGGCACAAACAAACCUAUAAGCAUACCUGCUAGGAAUAUUCUUUCCGUUACUUUAAAUGAUUCUCGUAUAAUUAUCAACGCACUUGUUCCAAAAGAUAAAUUAAAAUUAAAGUUAAAAACUUAUUCUUUUGAACUCAAUGACGAGAGUGCCGCACAAACAUGGAAAGAUACUGUUAAUUUAGCUGCAUAUAAAGACACGAAAAAAGCAAAACAUCUUAAAGUAUUUAUUAAUCCUAUUGGAGGUUCGGGUAAAGCUAAUAAGAUUUUCAACAAGAUAGCUAAACCUAUCUUUGAUGCAGCAAAUUGUACUUAUGAUAUUACUUUGACUGAACAUUCUAAUCACGCAAAAGAAAUUGCAAAUAAAUUAGAUUUAAAACCUUACGAUGCAAUUGUUUCGGCAAGCGGUGACGGUAUAAUUCACGAAAUAGUUAACGGACUCUUGUCACGUCCUGACGCGCUCGAAACCGAUAUCCCAAUAGGCGUGAUUCCUGCAGGUACUGGUAAUGCAUUAAGUAUUUGUCUUUUGGGAAACGAUUAUGGUAAUAGCGUACCACAUGCAACUUUAAACAUAAUCAAAGGCGUUCCGAUGAAAAUUGAUGUAUGUUCUAUUACGCAAGAUGAAGAAAGAUAUUUUGCUUUUAUGUCACUGAACUAUGGUAUUAUGGCGGAUGGAGAUAUUUCGACUGAUCAUUUGAGAUGGAUGAAAGAUUCUCGAUUUGUUCUUGGAACCAUACAAGCAUUAUUGGAAAAUCGAAAUUAUGACUGUGAACUAGCAAUGAAAGUUGUUGAAGAUAAUAUUGAAAGAAUUAGACAAGAAUAUAAUAAUGUUUAUAAUUCUUCACCCAGUUCUAUAACAGAUAUACAAGAUAAACCUAGAACACUUGUAAAUAAAUAUGGGACUGUAAAUGAUUCAAAUCCAAUUAAAGAGUGGACUAAAUUAGAUGGUGAUGGAUAUUUUUUCUUUGCAGGUAAAGUUCCAUGGGUAUCUAAGAAUAAUCUUGCUUUCCCUUUUGCAUUACCUUCGGAUGGACUUUUAGAUUUGAUGAUAGUUAAACGAGAUAAAAUAUCAAAAACGAAAGUUAUUAAUAUAUUACAAGCAUUUAAUGAUGCAAGUCACAUCAACAUGAAAGAGGUUAAUUAUUACAAAGUUGAGGCCUUUCGUUUAACUCCAAAAAAUAAGGAAAAUGGAUAUAUUAGCAUUGAUGGAGAGAAAGCUCCAUUUAAACCUUUUCAAGUCGAGGUUCUUCCUAAAAUAAUAAAUAUAAUUAGUGUAAAUGGGAAAUAUUCUACUUAAUUUAUUAAGAAAAUAACUACGUUUAACCGGACCCUCCGCUAAUAUUUAUUAGAGUUUAAGGGUUAGGUUAGGGGUAAGGUUUAUUUAUCACAACGUAUCACCCCCACGGUCUUCAUUUUUGUCAAUUAAAUCUGGGGACUUGGAAAUUUUUUGUUAUUAAAAAUCCUAUUUGUCCCUCCUUAUUCGUCACAGGAGGAAUUUCCCUCUGGUUUAUUAAUACUUUUUCUUUAAUAUAUAAUUAUAAUUAUAAAUAUUGUAAUAUAUAAUUUGUAUAUUAACAAAUGAAUUGAACGUAAUGAAAGGAUUAUAUAUUAUAUGAAUUCAACUGUAGUCUAAUCGCAUUGACAUA